AUGACUCGAUUCAGGCCGUGUAUAGACCUGCACGCGGGGCAGGUCAAGCAGAUCGUCGGCGGCACGCUGGACAGCACGACGGCGGAGCUCAAGACCAACUUCGUGUCGACGCACCCGCCGGCCUACUUUGCGAAGCUCUACCGGGACAAUGACCUCACGGGCGCGCAUGUGAUUAUGCUGGGGCCGGGGAACACCGAGGCCGCGAGGGAGUCGCUCAAGGCGUGGCCGGGCGGGCUGCAGGUCGGCGGAGGCAUCAACGACGGGAACGCGAAGGAGUGGGUUGAGGCGGGCGCGGAGAAGGUCAUCAUCACGUCGUACCUGUUCCCCGAGGGCCGGUUCAGCCAGGAAAGGCUGGACGCGGUGCUGGAGGCUCUCGGGGGCGACAGGGGCAAGCUCGUGAUCGACCUGAGCUGCCGGCGGCGCGGGGACGAUAGAUGGUUUGUGGCUAUGAACAAGUGGCAGACCAUCACGGACAUGGAGGUCAACGCAGAAUCUAUCAAGCAGUUGGAGCCGUACUGCUCCGAGUUUCUCAUCCACGCCGCGGACAACGAGGGUCUGCAGAAGGGCAUUGACGAGAAGCUCGUGGAGAGGCUGGCGGAGUGGUGCAGCCUGCCGGUCACGUACGCAGGCGGCGGCAGGAACCUCGAGGACCUGGAGAUGGUGAAGAAGCUGAGCAAGGGCAAGGUGGACCUGACGAUUGGCAGCGCGCUGGACUGUUUCGGUGGCAACGGGGUCAAGCUGGAGGAGUGUGUGGAGUGGAACAAGGGCCAGCAAUGA